AUGACAUUACCGGGGGAAGACCUCUUCGAUCCUCGAAUUGACAUGGACUCGGACUUCUCUCCGGUCGACUCCCGGUCGGACUAUGAUUUCGGUUUCGCUUUCAAUGACAGCAAUUUCUCUGACAGGGUUUUGAAGAUCGAGAUCGUCGCUGAUUUGCCUGAUGCAAAACCAGCUGGUGAUGGUUGCUCUAGCAUCACUGAGUGGGCCCGUAACCGAAAGAGAAGGAGAGAGGAUAUUAAGAAAGACAAAGCUGUGGAAAUUAUGGGGCAAAGCGAGGAAGAGCAGGCACUGAACUGUAACAUUCCAGACACUGAGGAUACUGUGGUUUAUGAAAAUCAAGAAGUGGAAGCUGUAGCCAUGUUUGAGGGGUCUCCUACAGAUGCUCAAUUGGAUUUUAAUCAACGUGGCGAUGUUGCUGGUCCAAGCAGUGAUUCAUCCUGGAGCAUGGAUUGUUCAGCAGUUCUGAGAGUUAAGAGUAUACAUAUUAGCUCUGCAAUCUUGGCAGCCAAGAGUCUAUUUUUUCGUGAGUUGUUUUCAAAUGGGAUAAAAGAGUCAGAGCAGCGAGACGUAACUAUACAGAUACAUGCCUCUGAAGAAGAGGCCUUAAUGGACCUCCUCAAUUUUAUAUACAGUAACACCUUAUCAGUGAGCCGAGCUACUGCUUUGCUGGAUGUGCUCCUGGCUGCUGACAAAUUCAAGGUUGCAUCAUGUAUGAGACAUUGCAGCAGGUUAUUGCGCAGUAUCCCAAUGACCUGUGAAUCUGCUUUGCUUUACUUGGACCUUCCUUCGAGUGUUUUAAUGGCCGAAGCAGUUCAGCCCCUGACAGAUGCAGCAAGGCAGUUUCUUUCUGUGAAAUACAAAGAUAUAUCUAAGUUUCAGGAAGAGGUGCUUAAAUUGCCUUUGGCUGGUAUCGAGGCCGUGCUAUGCAGUGAUGAUCUCCAGGCAGCUUCGGAAGAUACUCUUUAUGACUUAGUGCUUAAGUGGUCUCGUACUCAUUAUCCGAAAUUGGAGGAGCGGAAAGAAGUUCUUGCCAAACGACUUGUUCGACUAAUCCGUUUCCCAUAUAUGACCUGUCGAAAACUGAAGAAGGUUUUAACUUGCAAUGACUUUCACCCAGAACUUGCAUCAAAGGUUGUGCUCGAGGCCUUGUUUUUCAAGGCUGAGACACCACAUAGGCAGCGUGCUCUUGCAGCAGAUGAGCCCAAUGCUGCUCAUCGUCGCUUUGUGGAGCGGGCCUAUAAAUACAGACCAGUUAAGGUGGUAGAGUUUGAACUUCUUCAUCAGCAGUGCGUGGUGUACCUGGACUUGAAGCGGGAGGAGUGUGCACAACUCUUUCCAACUGGGCGGGUGUAUUCGCAAGCAUUUCACCUGGGGCACGUGCCACUGCUUUGGACUUUUUUGGGGAUGCAAGAAAAAGGAUCAGUGAGCUUUGCUGUUGACUAUGAGUUCGCAGCCAGAUCAAAGCCAACUGAGGAGUACGUGAGCAAGUACAAAGGGAACUACACUUUUACAGGUGGGAAGGCUGUUGGGUACCGGAACCUGUUUGGUGUGCACUGGCAAGCAUUCAUAAAAGAUGACAGUGAUAAUUUUAUUAAUGGCAUCCUCCAUCUCAGGGCUGAGCUUACCAUAAGGAAAUGA